AUGACCCAAAACAAGAAUACAGAUAUUUCUUACUCUCUCUCCCUCUCUCUCUCUCUCUCUCUCUCUCUCUCUCUCUUUAUUUUCUUCCAUUGCCAUUUUGAUAGAAUUUUAUGUCUCUGUCGAGUUCUUUCUUUCUUUACUACUGUUCUUUGUUUCUUUCUUUCUUAUCUAUUGUUCUUUAUUUUUCUUUUUUCGUCUUUCUUUUUUCUUUUUAUUUUUUCAUUUUCCCUUUCUUUCUUUCUUUCUUUCUUUCUUUCUUCCCUCCUUCCUUUCUUUAUUUCUUUCUUUCUUUCUUUCUUUCUUAUCUAUUGUCCUUUCAUUAUUUUAAUAUUUUCUAUUGUUCUUUAUUCUUUUCUAUUCUUCCUUCGUUCUUUUUUCUUUUCUAUUGUUCUUUCUUCUUUUAUUCUUUUCUAUUUUCAUGCGUUCUUUCUUUUCUAUUGCGCUUUCUUUCUUUUUUCUAGUGUUCCUUCGUUCUUUCUUUCUUUUCUAUUGUGCUUUCAUUUUUUUUCUGCUUUCUUUCUUUUCUAUUAUUUCUUUCCUACCGUUCGUUAUUUUUACUUUCUUUUUAAACUUCUUUUUUUCGUUCUCAUCGUUCUUUCUUUUUCCUUUUUCGUUUUUCUUUUUUCUUUUGUCUUUCUAUUUUUCAUUUUUCCCUUUCUUUCUGUCUUUCUUUCUUUCUUUUUUUCUUUCUUUCUUUCUUUCUUUCUUUCUUUCUUUCUUAUCUAUUGUUCUUUUUCCCUUUUCGUCUUUCUUUUUCAUGCUAUUUUUCGUUUAUCCCUUUCUUCCUUUUGUUCAUUCUUUAUUUCUUUCUUUCUUUCUUUUUCUUACUCAUUAUUUCUUUCUUUUUCUACCCAUUCUUUCUUUCUUUCUUUCCCUACUCAUUUUUCUUUCUUUUCCUACAAAUUCUUUCUUUAUCUCUUUCUUUCUUUCUUUCUUUCUUUCUUUCUUUCUUUCUUUCUUUCUUUCUUUCUUUCUUAUCUAUUGUUCUUUUUCCCUUUUCGUCUUUCUUUUUCAUGCUAUUUUUCAUUUUUCCCUUUCUUCCUUCUGUACUUUCUUUCGUUCUUUAUUUCUUUCGUUCGUUCGUUCAUUCUUUCUUUCUAA